AUGGCAACGGAAACCCUAGAUGACAAGAAACCGGAGGAAGAGGAGGUGAUAGAUAAAGAAAACGAAGAAAAUGGAAGCUCUGCAUUUAAACACUCCUUGGCCCUUAUUCCUUACGUAAAGGGGGAACUAGACUGUCAAAAGCAGGAGUAUAAAUAUGAGUUCAAAGUCUUUUUAUUUAGUGAAGUGCGAGUAGAAGGACUAGAGACACUGGAUUAUUUGGAUAACCUGCAGAACAGAGAGCGGUUCAUUGAACAAGGGGAUGCAAUAACAGUUGAAUCAGAAGUGGAUAAGAUAUAUCUUAGUAGGCCAACAAAAAUUGCCAUCCUGGACCACGAAAGGAAGCGAACAUUUGAGUUGCGAAAGGAUGGACUUCCCGAUGCUGGUGAGUUUAUUGUCUUUAUAAGCUUCCAUCCUAAUUUAGAGCACCAUGGGUAG